AUGCAGAGAUGUAUGGUGGCAGUGUGCUGGGGAGGCCAAGUACCAUUUAGGGUACCAGUGGCCACAGCAACAUUGUACGUCUGUGAUGUUAAGGUUAUUGAGACAAUUUUAGUAGAAGAUUUUUCAUUCUUUAAAGACAGGUGGGUGAAAUUUAAAAACCCUUUAGUAGAUUCGCUCACAUUCGGCAAAGGAGAAGAAUGGCGUGAAAGACGUCUUAGAAUUGCUCCAGCCUUUGGUCCUGGCAAAGUACGGGGUAUGUUUCAGCAGAUAUUUGGUGCUACGGAUGGAAUACUUAAAGAAAUUGAAGACCAAAAUGCAAGAGAAGAAUGUAUAGAAAUAGAAAAUUUAGCAAACCAGUUCUCUAUAGAUGUAAUGUCCAGUUGUUUGUUUGGAGUAAAUAUGCUUCACUCCCGUGAAGCCAUUCUGAUUAAAAAAGCCCUCGAUGAAAUGUACGUUGUUUCAAAAAGUCACCCGAUAAUAACGAUGAUAGGGUUGAAGUAUCCAAAAAUUUUUGAUUUUCUAUACAUGAUCAAGGGCUAUCGAGAUGCAAUUAUUUCCUACGUGAAUGUAAUCAAUGACAUAAUUCAAUUUCGGGCGACAAACAAAACCAAAAGAAACGAUAUUCUUCAAGUUAUGCUAGACUUGGAAGAUCAAGACGAGGAAAUAAGUGAAAAUGUGAACAAAUCUAAAGCUGAGCAAACUAAUGAAAAUAAUGCAACUGUUACCUCUCAAAAAUCUAAACAUAUUUUCAGCCAUGAAUUAAUUGCUGCAACAAUACAUAACUUUUACCACGCAGGUAUCAAGCCAACAGCCGUAACCAUUAUGUUUGCUCUUUAUGAAAUCGCUAGACAUCCAGAAAUCCAGGAUAAUUUAGUAGAAGAAGUAAAAUCAUCAUUGACAAAAUACAAGGGAUGGAACCCUUGUGCUCUUGAACACAUGACAUACUUGGAUCAGGUUAUUCAAGAGACUCUCAGGCUAUACAGCUUCAACAUUUCACUGUCUAGAGUCUUGACCAAACCCUACACCUUGCCUGGGACUAACGUAACUCUAGAUGAGGGAAUGAAUGUUUUUGUUCCAAUCGAUGCCAUUCACAGAGACCCAGAGUUUUAUCCGGAACCAGAGAAAUUCAGACCUGAGAGAUUCGAUGGUCAUCACUACAAGCCUACCUCUACGUUCCUUCCCUUCGGCCAAGGCCCUCGCAUCUGUGUGGCUAUCCGCAUGGCUGUCACUACAGUCAAACUCUGCCUUGCUCGCAUAUUGGCUCAAUACCAGGUGAAGAUUGCAGACAAGAUGCAGCUUCCCCUGGAGCUGAUUCCGAGUGAGUUCUACCCCAGACCUAAGGGUGGCAUGUGGCUGCAGUUUGUGCCAAGAGAAAAUGUCACACAAGUCCAGACCCUGAUACCGGAAGCUACAGUGUUGUCCCGGUUGCCUGGGCAGCGACAACGACAACGCCACCUGGGGGAGGGGGAGAGAGAGAGAGAACACUACUCUGUUCUGUUUCUGUUCGUCUGUUUGUCAGUUCACCUGUCUCGUCUCGCACGCGAAACCAACGUCGCUGCGCUGUGUGCCGCGCCGGUUUUAUAG